AUGGAAAUCCAUAACGAUAUUGAUGAUGAUUAUGAGGAUGAAGAAGCGGAUGAGGAGGAAGAGGCGGAUGAGGAGGAAGAAAACUCUCACUACCGAUCAUCAUAUUCAAGAAGACGUUUAUCUGAUGAUAACCUUGCUGCUACUAAUACUGAUAGUAAUACUCAAACGAUUACUCUUCAAAAUUGGGAUCCACAAACACCAUACAUGAACAAAAUUAAAUCAAGUACUAGUUUACAAACAGCUUAUCAAAUUUAUUUAAAUGAACGUCAAUCAUAUUCUAAAUCACCAUCAUUUUAUUUUGAUGUAGCAUCAUAUUUUUUCUUACAAGCUCGUUCUUCAAAUUCAAAACAAUCAUCAAUUGAUGCAUUUAAUCAAUAUUAUGCACAGUCAAAUUAUAAUAUUUCAAAUGAAUAUCAAUAUUUUGGUUUACGUAUUCUUACAAAUGUUUUAGAAUUAGAAUUAGAAUCAGUACAAUUAUUGCGAACUGUUGCUUAUAAACUUGUUGAACUUGGUCUUUACAAUUUAGCUGUGAAUAUUUUUCGACAUAUUGUAAAUUUGAGAUCGGACGAGCCACAAUCAUUUCGAGAUCUAGCAUUAUUAUUAUUACAAGAAUCUAAUUCUGAAACGAAGAACCUUAUAGAAAUAUCAGAUUUAUUUAAGAAAGUUAUAUUUGGUGAAUGGGAUAAUCGUUAUUCAGAAAUUGAAGUCACCACAUUGCAUGAACUGAAUUACUUCGUAUUUCAAUUUCAUCAACAACAACAAAUAUUGAAUUCAAUUGAUAAUCGUCUUAUUCGUCAUUUACCUGUUGACUUAAGAAUUGUUAUGGUUUGGGAUACAAAUGAUACAGAUGUCGAUUUACAUGUUAUUGAACCAACAGGUGAAGAAUGUUAUUAUUCUCAUAAAAACACAGCUAUUGGUGGUAUGAUAAGUCGUGAUUUUACAACGGGCUAUGGACCAGAAGAAUAUCUUGUUCGAAAGGCAGUCAAAGGUAUAUAUACAGUUCGAGCAAAAUAUUUUGCUAAUCAUCAACAAAGUCUAACUGGUGCAACGACAAUCAUGGUACAUAUUUAUAAAUAUUAUGGACAAUCAAAUCAACAAAAAGAAAUUGUUACAUUACGAUUGAAUAGUAAUCAGGAAAUGAUCGAUGUAUGCAAAGUAAACUUCAAUGAUGAUAUUCAACAAAUUUCAAACAAUACAGUAACGAAUAAUCAAAAUUUGAAUACGAAUAUUCAUUCACGUAUUACUUGUGAUGGAUGUGAUAUGUCACCAAUAAUAGGAGAUCGUUACAAAUGUUUAUUUUGUUCCAAUAUUGAUUUUUGUCAAUCAUGUAAGUCUGUUAGUAGAACAAAUUAUGAUUCGAAUCAUCAAUAUAAUCAUCCAUUAUUAUGUAUUAAAGAUUCCAAUGAAUAUCCAAAGUCAGUUUAUUUAAAUAAUCGUACUAAAAUCAAUCAUAAGAAUAAACAAUGUAAUUCAUGUUUUAUGAAACCGAUUAUUGGUAUUCGUUACAAAUGUGCUUGUAGAAUUAAUUUAUGUGAAAAAUGUGAAUUCAUGGGUUUACAUGAUACAGAUCAUCGUCGCACAAAAAUAGUUAAAUCGGAAUGA